AACUAUGCUUCUCGUCGACAAAUAUCGCCCCAAGACUCUCGAGUCAUUAGAUUAUCACCUGGAGAUGGCAGAGGCUCUGAAAAAUCUGGCCACUUCGAAUGAUUUUCCGCACAUGCUAUUUUAUGGUCCGAGUGGUGCUGGCAAAAAGACGCGAACAAUGGCCUUGCUUCGACAAAUUUUUGGCCCGGAUGUAGAGAAGCUUCGAGUCGAGAAGAAAAGUUUUGUCAUUCCCAAUCGCUCGACAUCGGUGGAAAUCACGAUUCUCGUCAGUCCAUAUCACAUUGAACUUAGCCUAUCGGAGUGCAUGAGUAAUGAUCGGCUGGUUGUCCAGGAAGUGAUUAAGAGCAUUGCGUACAACCAGCGAAUUGGCUCUGACUCUCGAAAAUUCAAAGUCAUCAUUUUAAAUGAGGUCGAUGUGCUUACUAGAGCUGCUCAGCACGCACUGCGCCGUACUAUGGAGAAGUGUAUGGUCAACUGUCGUAUAUUCAUGAAUGCCACAAGCAUUACAAGAGUGAUUGAGGCACUGAGAAGUCGAUGUCUCUGCCUACGAGUUGGUGUGCCUGACCACGAGAGCAUUUCAUCGAUUCUUCAGAAGAUUGGAAAAAGUGAGUGUUUGAACGUUCCAAAGGAACUGGCCGAGCGAAUCUCUCACCGAUCAGACCAGAACCUCAGGCGUGCCGUUUUAAUGUUGGAGUUGGCUAAGUUGAAUCAAUAUCCAUUUAGUCCAGACCAGCUCGUCCAGCCAGCUGACUGGGAAUGUUUCGUAGAUCAGUUGGCCAAGAUGAUCAUUGAACAACAGACGACUGUUCGGCUUUUGGCUAUUCGUGAAAAGAUUUACGAGCUCCUUACUCACUGCGUUCCCGCGAGUUUGAUUCUCAAAACUUUGGCAUUUGCGCUAUUAGAAAAGGUGGAUGAUGAGCUGAAACACCAGGUCAUCCUAUUGGCUGCCAAAUACGAGCACCGAAUGAAUCUCGGGUUGAAGCCCAUCUUUCACUUAGAGGCUUUUAUUGCGAAGUUCAUGGAAAUUUACAAAAAGUAUUGGUUGAGCAUUGCUGGUUGAUUUUAGAUACAUGUGGACGAUCCAAUCGCGAUAGUCACGGCAAAAAAGCGAUACUUUUUUCCAAAGAGAGCAAUAGUGAUUGCAACCUCAAGACGCGCGGGAAACCGCGGUGUACGGGGCUAUCUGGUUCAUCAUCAUCAGAAUAAGCUUCGAAUACGCCUUGAAUGUGAGGUCGUUACUAAAAAAAAAAAGUGUGUGGUUGCCGAAGACUUCGAUAUUUACGGCGAACGAGUUGGUGUGUUUGGUUGGCAAAGCGAGAAUUGCACAUUUCGAACCGGUCAAUAGAACCAGAGGGAAUUUGGGGUGCAGGUAUGCGUUCCAAACAGAGAGACACCUAGACUUCACAAGAUAGAUUUGGUGGCGUAUGAUUGUGUAAUAGAGGUGUAUGGCUAUGCAAGAAAUUAACACAGAAUUUUGUGGUGAAUUGACAAUGUAUCAAUGGUUGCUGGAAAAAAAAGUUUACAAAGGUUUACUAAGAUAGAUGGGCGUAAGGGGGUAUACAACUAUUACUGUAAGAUUUUGGUAUUAGUGAGAGAGAAUGUCUACUACU